CCAAAAGAAGACAUGGAGCCCAAAAGAAGACAGGGAGCCCAAAAGAAGACAGGGAGCCCAAAAGCCUUUUGUAACCAACACACGUGUUUAGUAAUGGCGAACGGAGUGAAGCACUUUUUAUCGUUUUUGAGUCUUUCGGCGUGAACGAAACAUGGUAAAAAAGAAAAGAGGASAGUACAAACCUCAGAGAAGCAAUAAUUUAAGUGAGAAGYGGUCUAAAUCUACUUCUCUGCAAAACUAUCAUGAAACAAUGGAAGAGGAUUUUGAAGACGAUGUUAUUGAAGAGGAGGACCUCGAGUUUUAUAAAAACGCMGACCGUAAUUUAGAUUUUCUUGCAAACUUAAACGAUGGUUUCAAUGAACAAAAWGGUGAAAGUACAAGGAAAAGAAGAAGAAAAACAAAUAUGGAAAAUUCGGAAGCACAUUAUGAGAAAGAACCCAGGAUGCUGCAGGAUGAUAUGGAGGAGCAACGUGAACUACUACCAAUCAAAAGCAAGAAAGGUUUUAUACAAAGAAUGAUUGACAAGCCAGUUCAAAAAGAAGAUACCAAUAACAAUGACUUAGAAGAAACUCAAGAAACCGAUGAUAAACAAGAAAGUGUWCCUGCUUCUCCCUCUACACUUAGCAUUGUUGAGUUGUAUGCWAGAAGGCAACAGAAAUUAAAUGAACGCAGACUCAGGAUUGCUGAACUUAGUAAUGCAGUAUUGGAAAAACCAGAAGAAAAUAUACCACAGUUAAAAGAACUUUGYUCUUAUUGUGACGAAAGUGAURUKGACAUAAGAAUCACAACAAGAAARCUAGCCAUGCUUUCAUUAUUAGAGGUUUUUAAGGACAUUGUGCCCGGGUAUACUAUUCGUCAGUCAACAGAAAAAGAGAAAGAAACAAAGGUUUCCAAAGAUGUUCGAACGAUUCGGGACUUUGAGGAAGGAUUACUUCAGGCAUAUCAACAAUACUUACAGAUCCUAGAAAAAACAGCUCAAGGAGGAAGUAAAGCUAACAGGAAAAGGAAAGCCAAUGGUGAAGUACAGCAAGGAGAGGGUUUGAUAUUUAUAGCAGUGCAGUGUAUGUGUGACCUACUAGUGUCGCUGUCUCACUUUAAUUAUCGCAACAAUCUCAUCACAGUUUUGGUGCCAAAAAUGAAUGAUCUUGACACACUUAAUGGACAGAUAUCACACCUUUGUUGUGAGGCAUUUCAGAGUCUUUUUAAGCAAGAUAAAGUGGGUGAURUUUCUUUAGAGGUAACAAAAGUGAUAAGUAAAUAUGUAAAAAGUCAAAGCUAUAAAGUCAAACCUUGUGUUUUGCAAGUGUUCCWACAUUUAAGAAUAAACGACAUGGAUGUGCUGUCUUUGAAAGAGAGAAAAGAGAAUGAGAGCAAACCAACAAAACUAAAAGGGCAAAAUAAGAGAGAUAAAAUGAUGAAAGCAAAGAUGUCUAAGAAGGAAAGAAAGAGACAAAAAGAAAUGAAGUCAUUGGAGAAGGAGCUUCAAGCUACCCAAGCUGUUGAAGGUCAAGAAAAGAGAGCUAAAGUGCAAACUGAGAUUCUUAAGUUUGUUUUUGCAACAUACUUCCGUGUUCUCAAGUAUAGAGCCAGCUCAACUCUGCUGUCGCCAGUGCUGGAGGGACUUGCUAAACAUGCUCAUUUGAUAAACAUAGAUUUCUUUGCUGAUCUKAUGGCAGCUCUUCAGGGGCUUAUUGUUAAAGAGGAGCUUGCUUUGAGAGAUAAACUGAACUGUGCACUGACAGCUUUUAAGAUUUUGUCAGGCCAAGGAGAGGCUUUGAACAUUGACCCAAGAGGGUUUUAUUGUACUCUUUAUACCUGUCUCCUUCAACUCAAUGCAGACAUAAGCAAUUCUGAUGUUGAUGUUGCUUUGAAGUGUCUAGAUGUCAUGAUGAAGAAGAGGACGAAACAGAUUCCUAUCCAAAGGGUGUCUGCAUUUACUAAGAGGUUGUCGUCUAUUAGUCUACAAGUGAUGCCUAACAGUGCACUUGCUUUGCUGUCCUUUGUUAGAAUCUUCUUUCAGCUUCACCCAAAAUGUCAAAACCUYCUGGACAGUGAUACAAUGGGYAUUGGUAUAUACCGACCGGAUGUAGAAGAUCCAGAGCUAAGCAACACAGAAAGUACAACUUCAUGGGAACUWUCUUAUCUUACAAGUGCUCACUAUCAUCCGACUGUAAGAACUCUAGCUGGAAAUGUAGUUUUAGGGUCUUCUUCGCAAGUUAUUGGCUCAAAUCUUACAAGAAUGCAACCUGAAGAAUUAUUCAAAGUAUACGACAGCUCAGAAAUGAAAUUAAACCCAGACAUAUCAGAAUUAGAAAAGAAAAAUUUCAAAUCAUYCAAAAAAGCCAGGACACAGAUGYAUAACAAUGAUGUCACAUGGAAAGGAUCACCAAUUGAGACACCUGUAAAUAAAGCAAUUGAAUUCACUGAACAGAACUUGCACAACAYAAGCUUGUUUACUUUACCAAUAAGAACAUGAUGGUGAAUCGCCUGUKAGUGAAAAAGAAAGCAGUUUUUAAAGGUUGUUGUUUUUAAAGACAAUAAAUUCUUUACAACAUUCA